AUGAACACUCUCAUAGCGCUUUGUGCCAUUUACGUGGCCAUAAUAGUGUCAUUGAAUCUUCUGCUGGGAAAGAAGGGUUCUCUCGGCUGGGUAUCAUGGAACUCCAUCCAUAGAUUUAGAUAUCACACCCGAGGGUUCCGCGUCUCACUCAGCAAACUCCAGCUGAAGGUCAAUUUAAUGGGGGCAAUGCACCAUGAGCCAAUACUCACGGUGGUGCUGAGUGGCGCGAGUAUUCACAGAUUACAUGAGGACAUGAAGAGCAAACGGGUACCGUCUUCAGGAAGGAAGACCAAUGGGCGCGUUCUUAGGCUUUUGGAGCGUCUUCCGCUGGCCAUAGAACUACAUGACGUUCAGUAUACUGACCAGGUGCUGAUGGAACUAGAAUGCGCGAGAGCUCAGAUUAUUUCCAGUGCUUUACAAUUCUCCUCGGGCUCCAUCAAAAUCAACCAGCAAAAGGUAGUCAGUAGGGUUCUUGGCUCGGUUUCGCUUGAUGACUACAGUGCGACUUUGAAUUUGAAAAACUUGACACUAGAUUCCGACGAACUAGCGCGUUCUGUGCCAAAGUCGGAUACCCAUGCUCAAUCAGAAGAGGUUCCCUCACAGCCAUUUCCCCUACCUUUCAGACGAAUUUCUGUGGAGUGUGAAAAUGCUUCUUUCACGAAAGACAAAUUCCGCUUACUUUUGGAAAGAGUGACGUUUGCACUGGGAAAACUGGACGAGGAGGAGACCGCAAACAUUAAUUUUGGAGACCAACAUAUCUACGAGGUACUUUUUGGAAUCAGCAACCUUAAGCUCACUCAAGUGGAGACAAAUAAAAUCAUACUAUUCCUUCCAUUUUUGAAUAUAUUCUCGCUGUGCAAUUUCGAGGACAUUUUGGAGAUCCAGAAAAAUAAAGAUGACAAGGGCUUCAUAGAUCGUUUUGCCGCAACAAACAGAUUUUUGUUCAAAACCACAGUGUCGGCCACCAAUUUAGUUUUCAACACAGAUAUAAACGAGCUGGUGAAGCCAGACAGCAAAAAAGGGGCAGUGCCCAAAAAGCCACUCGAGAUUCCUGGAUAUCUGCGGAACCUGCUCCCCAAAAUCAAGAUCCGAAUACAACUUAUGGGCUCCGUUAUAAAUUUAGCCGUGGCAGAAAAACUCACGAUAAAAGCGCGCGUGGAGGACAUUGCCUUUGACACGUCGCUAGCAAACACAUACGAUUCCCUGUUCAGCAGUGGCUCUGGCUCUGUUCAUAAGACAAUUGGCUUCUUGAUACGCAACAUACAAUUCUUGUUUGUGGAGCCAGAGAAAAUGUCCAAAUUCUUUUAUCUUGACCACGUGAGCACUAGUAUGUCAUUUGGAAAACGAGAAGGCUGUUUGUUUGGGCAGACAGACAUUAUUGUGGGCACCGUAGAGGUCCUAUUGGCGGAAUUGAGCGCAUUCCAAAAAUUGUACGAGCACAAGAUAAGUCUUGGACAAACAUCCGGUGCCAAAACACAAUCAUCGUCUAAGGGAGAAAAUUCGCUAAUUGAUCGCAUCUCUCUCAAAAUCCAGCAGUUCAAGUUUGUUUCGUGUUUUGAGACUCCUGUGAAAUACUUCAACAAGGUGGAUCAGUCUGACAUGAAUAAGUACAAACGAGGCGUUUUCCUUGAGGCUUCAGAGAUGGAGAUGGAAGUUGACAUAGUGAAGAAGAAGCUGGACGUGGAGCUCCAGUUUUUCAAGGCAAAGCUGGUGAAAGAUUACGAUAAGGAACAGUACAGCGGAGAGCUAGAGGAAUUCAUUAACAUCGAGCGUCCUCAUCUGAAGUACUUCAAAGACAGGCACCAGCUGUCUCUCUCGCUUCCCUUGCUCGAUACAAAAUUAUCUGCGGAAGUUCUGUGGUCUGUGCUUUUCGUCAAAGCAAUACUUACCUCCGUGAUACCUCCUUUGCCUAAGAGGAAAGAUGUCUCUAACAAGCCUCCAUUAACGUACCUAUUCGGAAUCCAGCUCUUCAUGAUGAAAAUCCAGCUACCGAACGACAUUGACCUUGUGCUCGAAUUGGACCGCAUGGAGGCUAUAUCGACGGUCGACGAUGACUGUCACGCACGCUUCCGAGCGCUGAGACUUUAUGGAAGAAGUCCGUACACCUCUCAGACAUGGAGUCUUAUAUUUAUUUUGUGUGACGCUAACACAACGAUCCGCAUUCACUCCCAAGCCGAGCACCUCGCAAUAAUCAACUCCCGCUCGGUGAGGUUUGAGAUUCCGUUCGAAUACGUCUUUUUCGAAACCUUCGACAACUUUAGAGCACUCACCAAGGCUAUCACGAAAAUGGAAGCCAACUUCGAACACCUCAUGUCUACUCCAGAUUCUGACGUGGAUUUCAACGUGCCUGUAAUAAUGCCCAGCAAAGUUGAGAGUCCCUUAAAAUUUCCCAGCGUUCGCUUAAACGCUAAACAGUUUCAGUUUUGCAUGCACGACGAUCCAUUUGAAGCAGAGCUCAACAAGUGCUUCCUGCUUGGGCGGAUUGAGCAAAAGAUGCGUAUCACAAAACUGGCGACUUUUGAAAAGUACGAGAAACAGGUUAGAGAAAAAUUACAGAAGGAGUUUACUGCUUUGACAUUUGUGAACGGCGAACCCCUAAAACCCGAGAAUUAUAAUCCUAGCUCAACUGGCAAAGUUCAGCAUACACACGUAAGCUCGCAGCUUGCCAACGAGGUCUUGAGUGACGACGUGGAACAGUAUAAAGAAUACCUUAGGAAAGUGAAGGAGCUGAUUGAGCUACCAAGACUGCGGCUGCUCAGCAACCUCAGCAAAUCAUGGGUCUUCAGAGUUAAGUCUCACAGGAAUAUAAGCGAGUCUGGCCACCUCAAACGUCUCUCUUCGAUCAGGGGAGGUGAAGACCCGCCUGUCUCUGCCAGAUUCUUGGACAAGUAUCCUGUGAUCACGGCGUACUCGGUAGCACCCCUUUUUUCGUUUGAGUUGGCCAAUUUACGUUGGGACCUUUCGGAGCCUUCAUUCGGGCUCGAAAACUACAAACACUUUCUGCACAAGGUGGGGCAAGGGAUGCCCUACGAUAUGGAGUACGGCAUUUUGUUCCCUGUUAACAUGCACAUCACCUGUUCGCGUCUAACAAUACAGCUCAAAGACUACCCGAUCCCAUUCAUAUCGUUUGGUGGUGGUGACGGAGACACUCCGCAGACGGUGGCGUUCAAAGGUGAUUUUGUCAUCGCAGAGCAGAUGUACGUUGCUGAGGAGCUGCGGUACAAUUUUGUUCCGUUUGUGUCGCAGUACAAUGACCCUAGCUGCACAGACAACAUGUUUGCCUCGCAUGUGUCGAGAACCAUGACCAACGUCAAAUUCUACACAGACAUGAAAGUAAACGUCAACUCGUCGAAGAAUGCCAUUGUUUCGUGGUACUCUGCGAUCCAGCCGGCAUUGUUGUACGCAAUGGACAGUUUUGAUGUUUUAUCCAAGCCUCCUCUUGAUCCAAGUCCAAAGCUAGGAUUCUGGGACAAGUUCGCGCUCUUGUUGCACGCAAAAUUCCAUUUCACAUUUACCAACGGCAUCCAUCUAUUUAUAAAAAGCAAAAACUCGCCCUACGACCUUAUGGGUCAAGGAGCCGGGUUUGUGUUCAGGUGGAAUAAUAAAGUCGACCUCAAGAUCAACGGCACCGGCCGUUCCGAUGAGCUGCUGGUUGUUGAAAGCAACGAAUUCGACGUGGUGAUUCCUAGAUUCAGUCGCAGCAACCUGACGUAUUUGCUGGACGACAAAAACCCCUACGAGCUAGAUUACAUUACUGAGAAGAAGGUCUGGAAGUUGUCGAGCCAGCCGGUCAUCUGGAAGCUGGGAUUUCUGUUUGAGCGCAAUGAAAGUCCUGUUGGAAAAUACGUUCCAGGACAGGUUAAGCGGACCAGUAGCUUCAAGCCUCAUUACGAGGUCCGUCUAAGAAACCCCUCUACCUUUACAAACGACAAAGAGCUCGAGUCUUGGAACUCCUAUGAAGGCUUCCGAAGCCAUUAUCUCCAUAUGUGCGUUUCAUUGGAAUCGGAUUCCACCGGGGCAAGUUCUUACAAUAGCAUCCAUCUUACUCCGCUCGUGUUUUCUCAUUUCUUCACCUGGUGGAAUACGUUCCAGAGCAGCUUAGGUCUGCCUAUAAAGAACGGAAAGAUGUUUAAGAACAAGUUCCUGGACUACAGACCGACUCCGAAGUUUGGCAAGCAUUUGUUUUCCAUCAGUUACUCACUCAAGCUCAAACCACUAUACUUGACACACGUAUACAUUCACCCUACAGACAUCCGGGCUAACAGCAAUUUGGCAUUCACAGGACUCAAGUGUUCCAUUGAGAGCUUUGCGCUGGAUCUCCACCAACUCAAGUGUCCAACGAGUGCUUCUGAAAAUCCUGACUUUAGUCUCCAGUUCAACCAGGGUGAAGUAGAUUUUGUCAAUACGGAUUUGCGGCUGCUGGUUGCAGAAUUCAACGAACGCAGUGCGGUUGGUAUGCUUGCACGUGAGAUAGGUAUAACAGAAUCCAGUUCCUUCAUGGACGUGUCGAGCUCCUCUGUGAGCGAGAGACCCGACGCAGAGGAUGUGGUGUGGUUUGAUAUGGACGACUUUGUCGAGGUGAACAUGCCGAAGAUCAAACCAAAGAAUCCUCAGUGGAAGGCGACGCCGCUCGCAUCCUCGACUCGUUUCUGCUACUUCCUCCAGGAAAAAGAGCCAGAGCUGCAGUACACUUUUGCCGCUAUUCAGGAACGGACACACGACUGCUUUGUCGGCAGGAACCAUCCCGAACGGACGCCUUUCACUGUUGCCAACAAACGCGCGGCAGAGCUUAAGGACCAGAUCAAGACACACGAGACCUCCUUGGAGUCUUUACAGAGCAAUCCAGAAAAGAACCAGUUUAUUGCCAAGCGCAUAGAAGAGCUGGAACGGGAAAUUAAAGAUCUGGACACUCGUUUGCACGUGACUCGUUGUUUAAGAGACAGCUUUGAGGCCGGAACGAUCCCCGACUAUGACGAAUUCCUGGACGAGAAUGAAGCUUCCGACGUCGAAACAUCAUACACUGUUUCGAGGGUGAAUUCCAAAAUAUCGCGCAGGUCCUCCAAUCCGACCGUGAGAAGCACCGCUCCUUCUUCUCCGCCGGCGUCGUCAUUCAGAAACCGUUUCAUCAUCUACCAUGUGGUUUUCAGAUGGAGCUCGCAUACCAAGAAGAAGUUUACGAGUUACAUCGAUAACGUUUCUGAAAGAAAGUCGCUGGUGUUCAAUUUGAGUCGCAGAGCUAUCAAGCUUGCCGAGGAGCUGUACGAAAGUCAGAGCUUGCCGCGCAAGGCGGGCAGUUUCGACGAGCAUGGGUCACUGGAUAUGGAGUCCUGUUCAAACUUUUACAAUUUUGAACGCAAGCUGAGAGAGUCAGAUGAGUUGGAAGAUGUCGAUUUUGAAGACACGUAUCUGCUCAAGUUCAUUCUUCCGCAGCUUUGUUUCGACACGGAGAUGAAGAGUGCAGUGCUAGUCACGUCAAAGGAGAUCACCGUGAGCUCGGUUUCUGUUGACUUUAAACAGCAGGACGACGAAGAAAGGAUUCCUGUUGAGACCCGAAAUGGAAUCAUUUUGCGAGACGCAUUUUUUUACGUCCUCGACAAGGACAAGACUCUGAAUGGACAGUACAAACUGUUCUGGUCUCAGUCCGUUUGGCCACCACAGCUGCCUGUGGAAAUGUACUACUGCUCCAACCUGUUGGCCAACACAAUUGUCAUCUGGAACGUGUCUAUGGGGCUGAUUUUCAUCAAACCUAACAAGCUCAGGUACAUGAAGACUGACCAGUGCAAUGUGACUAAAUUUAGAGAGCUGAUCCAAGUCAUGACGCCAGAGGUCGUGGUCACUGCGAACAGUCAGCAAUACAACGUGAUCUAUAAUCUGGCCAUGAGUUUUAUGGACUCCAGCAUGACCGAAAAGCAAAAGAUGAAGGACAAGGUGAAGAGCCUCGUGAAGUUCUCUGUUUCUGAGGACUUUGACCACAUCAAAUUCCGUAUGUUCGAUUUGCAGCAGAAAGCGUGGCUGUUGAGUGAGUGUAAGAAAUUCAUGUUGAUGAUGCAAGGUAAUGCACCGGACCAAGAUGACGUCUUGCAAAUAGACGUUGAGCUUGAGAAAAUCUAUCUCGAGCUCGGAAUGCUUGUCUCUUAUCUCCAGCACACAAAAGCGAUGAAAUACAACGAUUCGUAUGAAGAAAGGCAAUGGGUGCUGAAUGCGGACCAUGUUCGGUUGGAGCUUCUCGAUAGCGAGGAUAAAAAGUUUAUUGUUGUCGAAGCUAGACAGUCUUGCUAUCAAACAGAGCAAAGGCCUGACGGAGCUAGCAGAAACAGGGUGCUUAUUCAGGAUUUUGUCGCAGAAGACCUCCAACCUCAUACUAAUUACAAGACCAUCGUCGAAAAGGUCCACAAAGAGGGCUCUUCAGACACGCCUAUGGUGUUUGUGGACUGGAAAAUGCUGGAGGCAGUUGGAGGCAUACCUGUUGUGGAACACAAAUCCAUCACGUUUGCUCCACUGAAAAUUGAAGUGGACUUCAAAACGGCUGUGGAAAUUUACAAGUUCGUGUAUCCGAAACAGGUUUCAGACGACGACACUGAGUCAAGCGACGACGAGUCGUCGUCUAUGGUGGACUCGAUUGGCCCAGAAACUCCGUCUUCGCGAACGAGUUUCGACUCAUCCAACUCUGUCUUCUCUGAGCGCUCUGAAAAUGGCGAGGGAAAGCUGAAAAAGAUGAGUCGGAUGCUGUCAAUAAAAAAACAUGAUCGAGAAGGAAGUCCAACCUCUGUGUCUGAGUUCAGCACGAUCCAGUUUUCGUGUCAUAGAAACAACGAAAACACAGACGAAAAGCAGUACAUUAGCCAGAUGGUGGAAAGAUCAAAGAAGUACCAGCUUCUCAAUAGAAUCACCAUCAAUCCCCUACAUCUGAUACUUAGUUUCAAAGGCCAAGGGUCGUACAAAGUGGUGGAUGUUCACAGACUCCAGCUAGAGGUGCCAAAAGUCGAGUACACCAACAAGAUGUGGUCUGAGGAAGAUUUCUUCCAGCACUUCAAAAAAGAUGUUGUGCGACUCAUCCUCAGAAAUACAGGAAAGAUUAUGGCAAACAAAAUCACCAAACGACAGAAAAGAAGCAAGCUCCAGCACCUGCUGAGCUACAAAGAUGAACUGCAGAGCGAAUUGAGCCGGCGAACCUCGAUUUCGUCGUCUUCUACUCCAAAGUCGCAUUCGCACUUGCACCGACACACAGACCAUUUUGGACACUGCGAGGACCCGGAUGUGCUCGAGCCCCAGCGACACGAGCGGCCAUUGAUUGACGAAACCUCAGGUUCGGAAAUACAAAACUUUGAGCCGCUCGAGGAAAUAUCUGAGGAGUCUGUAUAA